AUGAUCACGCUGCGCACGCGAUUGAACGAACGCGUGGCCAAGGCGAACGCGUUCGCGAAGUUUUUAGAGAAAACGCUCGUGGAGCGAGACGCGGAUUUGGUAAACGCGAGACGCGCGUUGGCGCGCGCGGCGAUGGAGGCGGAGACGCUGCGGGGACUGGCCGAGGACGCGCGACGCGGGAACGGUGCGCCCGACGCCUUGAUCGCCCGACUCGAUCGCAUGGCGAAAGCGCUCAAGGAAGACGCCGACGACGCCGAUGCGCACUGCCUGCGCCAAGUUCCGGUGGCUUGGCAAGGCAACGCGUCGGACGUGCGCCUGAUGGGAUCGUUCGACGACUGGACGCGAGGCUUUCACUUAUCGCCCGAGUGGCACGGCCACGGCGACGGCAUGAGCGACACGUUCGCGUGCACGUGUUUACUCCCGCCCGGGACGUACGAGGUUAAAUUUUUAGUCGACGGCGAAUGGCGCACGACGGAUGAUUGGAAAACCGUCGGCGAAGGUUUCGAGCGCAACAUGCUUCUCGAAGUUCGCUGA